AUGCUACGCUGAUGUCACAUCGAUACCCAUACUCUCACUUUCUUGUUACUUGUUACCCCCUCAACUCCUUUAAAUAGUGAACUGCUCUGGAGUUCUUGAUCCAUUGGUAGCAUUUUCUGAAUAUUCAUAACAUGAACAUCUUGAGUGCUGUUGUUCUACUUACCUGUGUAGCUUACGUAGUCUCGCAGGAGUCGACCUACACAUCAAAAUAUGAUAACAUAGACAUCGACCGUAUUCUUGGCAACGAUAGAAUCUUAACAAGUUACAUAAAAUGUAUGCUGGACCAGGGUUCCUGUACUCCUGAGGGUAGAGAACUCAAAAAAACUUUACCAGAUGCACUUAAAAGGGGCUGUGAUAAAUGUAAUCCAAAGCAGAAAGAUGUAGCCGAAAAAGUAGUAAGGCAUUUAACCCAAAAAAGACCAAAGGACUGGGAGAAACUAGUACAGAAAUACGAUCCUCAAGGAGCGUACAGAAAGAAGUUCGAAGAAUUCAGACUACAAGCUGAAAAGAACGGAAAAUUGUCAGUUUAAACAGAGCUGAUAUUUACUUUAUGCCAAGUGAGAUUGGAAUAAUUUUACAAAUGUAUUAUAUGGACUGAAUAAAGAUUUUACUCUUUACAAAUUAA